CAAAUAUCUCUCAUACAUAUAUUUCUAUUUCUGUGACGUGGUCGGGUUCUGUCAAUUUUAUCUUUCCCUCUUGUUUUGGCUCUCCUUGAUAUUCCUAUAAAACCACCCACUCUGCAUUCACAAUUGCCUCACCUUUAUAUUUCAUACACUGAUACACACACAUAUAUAUUGUUCUUUCUUUUUUUCCCAGCUCUGUAACAAUCUCUUUGGAUUUGGAAUUUGAUAACAUCCUCGUUUUUCAGGUUGUCCCGUACUUCAAUCAAAUGGAAGUUACAGGGGGUUAAAACUUGCUGAUUUUUAUGGCCUUGACUGAUAUUUGGGCAAUGUGCGGAGGAAGAAACAACUUUGGAGGCUUUAAUAAUUCAUUGCAUAGAAGAACAAGAAGAAACUAUUCUAAGGGAAAAACUUUUGGCAUGGCAUUUGAAUCAGACUGGACGAAACACAGAAAAUCCUCAGCAUUUACAGCUCAAGUGAUUCGUUCUGCAACAUCUUUUAUGCCUUGGUCUUGCAGAAUUCCUAUUGGGGAAGGAUACCAUGAAUUUCUCUAGUUUAAAGUCUGUCAUUUAAAUAUAUUGAUACAUUUUCUGGGUGAUAUAGUUGAUGAGACAAGAAUCAGCUAUAUAUUUCAAGAUUUAUAUAACUGCUCAAUUCAGCCAAUGGUGGGAUUUGUGAGUGGAAAGAAGAGAGUGACGAAACCGAAUAUGUGUUUCACCAAUCCAGUCCAGCAAAAUAUACCCACUUGUGGGAAAAGCAAUCCUCGUUUAUGUUCUCAGGUUGUUGAUGAUCUUGACAGCCCUGUUCUACCUGGGCUGCCUGAUGAUGUGGCAAAGCAUUGCCUUGCACUUGUUCCUCGUUCCAAUUUCCCAGCUAUGGGUGGUGUGUGCAAAAGGUGGAGGUCGUUUAUCCAAAGCAAAGAAUUCAUAUCUGUGCGGAAAUUAGCUGGGGUGCUAGAGGAAUGGCUCUAUGUCUUAACUCUCGAUGCUGAAGAGAAGGAAAGCCACUGGGAGGUUCUGGAUUGUUUGGGCCAGAAACACUGCCUUCUUCCACAGAUGCCUGGUCCACUGAAAGCUGGAUUUGGGGUGGUGGUUCUUGAUGGAAAGCUUCUUGUCAUGGCUGGCUAUUCUGUAGUCGAUGGGACGGGCUCUGCCUCCGCAGAUGUUUACCAAUAUGAUUCUUGCCUCAACAGCUGGAGUAAAUUAGCAAACAUGAAUGAGGCUCGGUAUGACUUUGGUUGUGCAGAGGUUAAAGGUAUGGUUUAUGCAGUUGGAGGUUAUGGGAUGGAUGGCAACAGUCUAUCUAGUGUUGAGGUGUACAACCCAGAUACUGACAAAUGGACCCUGAUAGAAAGUCUUCGCCGCCCAAGGUGGGGUUGCUUUGCCUGUGGGCUUGAGGGAAAGCUGUAUGUCAUGGGUGGAAGAUCAAACUUCACAAUUGGGAAUUCUAAGUUUGUUGACGUGUACAACACUGAGAGGCACACCUGGUGUGAAAUGAAGAAUGGCUGCGUCAUGGUCACGGCUCAUGCUGUGCUGGGAAAGAAGCUCUUUUGUAUGGAGUGGAAGAACCAGCGGAAACUGGCAAUCUUCAAUCCAGAUGACAAUUCAUGGAAGAUGGUUCCAGUUCCAUUGACAGGGAGCUCAAGUAUUGGGUUUCGAUUUGGAAUACUGGAUGGAAAAUUGUUGUUGUUCUCACUCCAGGAGGAACCUGGUUACAGUACUCUGUUGUAUGAUCCAAAUGCAGCCCCGGGCUCUGAGUGGAAGACUUCUGAUAUAAAGCCAUCAGGUUUUUGCCUCUGCAGUGUGACAAUCAAGGUGUAAAAGCUGUCUUUGGAAGUUGAGGAUCUUCUCAACAGUCAUGCAUUUCUAAAUGUGUCGGUCUUUUGCAUUGACUAAUUUGUGGCACUAGUCAUAAUUUACCCGUUUCUUAUGUUGAGUUGUCAGGUACUAUAUGACUUAUUGGAUCUCAGUUUAAUUUUGUUAUGUAUUCUGGUUCUGGAUGCUACUUUUAAUUUAGAACAUUUCCUAUGCUUGAUGUUAAAUAUAAGUGUUAUCUGGUUGGAACA